GAGGCUUAUUCUGCAUGAACUGGAGUUUACCCUGUAACGCGCGUUAAGAUAAGGGAAAACUUACGUCCAAUUUGAACUGCUACCUUCAAGCGCGCCAAGGAGUUCUGCAGGAGUUAAUAGGCUCUGUCUUCGGUUUUUAGUGUAGAGCUAGGAGCACCUACCGCUAUUUAUUUUUAAUUGACAAGGGCUGCUGUAGGAUCUGCGCAUUUCCUUCACUUUUUAGGGCCGGUGCCGGCCCAGCCCAAGCCGGCUGCGAUGGCCGAGGGCGUUCAAGCGUUUGGAGAGAUCUGGCUGGGAAGCAGGGGUGGAGUGGCUUCGGGCCAAUUGCGUUUGACUCCUGCCGGCUUUACGUGGCGUCGGAAGCAAGGCAGCAAGGUUGUGGAGGUUAAGAAGGAGGAAAUCGAUGGCUUGUCCUGGACGAAAGUGCCCAGGGGCUGCCAGCUGAGCGUUCGGCGAAAAGGCGCAACUAGCUUUAACUUCUUAGGGUUCAGGGAUAAGGACCUGGAUGCGUUGCAAAACUAUGCGCGCAACACGCUAGGCAUUGCAGAGGGCGUCACGGAGAUGGCACUGUCCACAUCAGGGCAUAACUGGGGAGGGGUGCAGCUGCGCGGCGCCUCGCUGGCCUUCGUGGUGGGGAACAAGGUGGCCUUUGAGCUGCCGCUGCCGGACGUGUGCACAGCGCAGCAAACCAAGGAUGAUGUGAUGCUUGAGCUGCACGUGGACGACACCGGGGGCGAGGUGGCGGAGGACAUGCUCACGGAGCUGGCCUUCUACGUGCCGCCAGGGAACGAGGAGUUCCCGGCGCAGGGCGAGGACGUGCCAGCAGCCAAGGUGCUGCUAGACGCGCUGCUGCCGCAUGCCGACACGGAGGCUGCUGCCGCGGACGAGCCGGUGUGUGUGUUUAGCGAGGUGGGCAUCCUGGCGCCGCGCGGGCGCUUCGACAUUGAGAUGCACCUGGGAUAUCUGCAGUUGGGAGGACAGUCCCAAGACUUCAAGGUCCGCUACACCUCCAUUCAGCGCAUCUUCAUCCUGCCCAAGCACAACACGCCACACACGCUUGUCGUCAUUUCGCUGGACCCGCCCAUUCGCAAGGGCCAGACCUACUAUGCGCACCUGCUGUGUCAGUUCCCCACGGACGAUGACAUCACGGUGGAGCUGGACAUCACGGAGGAGGCGCUGGCGGCGAAGAACGAGAAGAAUGGGGGCAAGCUGUCUCCGGAGAUGUCGGGGCCGGUGCACGAGGUGUUUGCCAAGCUGCUGCGAGGGCUAUCGGGCGCGCGCAUCACUCGGCCGGGGCACUUCAAGAACGCGGCUGGGGACGGCGUGUCGGUGCGCUGCUCCUACAAGGCGGACGAUGGACAGCUGUAUCCGCUGGAUCGCGGCUUCUUCUACGUGCACAAGCCGCCGCUGCUCAUUCCGGACAACGACAUUGAGUAUGUGGAGUUUGCGCGCCAGGGCAACGGAGCCGUCUCCUCCUCCGUGCGCACCUUUGACCUGGUCAUCCGGCUCAAGGGCGGGACAGAGCACAUGUUCAGGAACAUCCAGCGUUCCGAGUGGAGCAACCUGUUUGAGUUCAUCAAGACCAAGCGGAUCCCCAUCGAGAACCUUGCCUCCGUGGAGCGUGGCGUGGAAGUGGGGCAUGCGGUUGGGGAGGACGACGACAUGGACCCAGGCAUGCGCCGUGUCGCUGCCGAGGCGGACUAUGAUGAGGAGGACGACGAGGACGAGGACUUUGACGCAGCCGGCGGCACCGAGAGCAGCGAGGACAUCAGCGACGCAAGCGACGCGGAAAUGAUUGAGGAGGAGGGUGUGUCUGCGGAGGUGUUCAAGAGCAAGACAAAGCGGAAGGAGAGCGAUGCCUCUCCAGAGGAGCGCCCAGCCAAGAAGCCCGCCAAAGAGAAACCACCGCCGGCUCCAAAGGGCGACAUAUCUCCAGCCGGCGGCAAGGCAGGCGCCAAGGGCAAGGGCAAGAAGGCGGAGGGAGCCGAGGGAGCCGCCAAGCCCAAGAAGAAGAAGGACCCCAACGCACCCAAGAAGAACCUCUCUGCCUUUAUGUACUUCUCCAACGCUAACCGCGACAAGAUCAAGUCUGAGAACCCAGGUGUUUCAUUCGGCGAGGUGGGCAAGCUGGUGGGCGAGCGCUGGAAGGCUCUGGGCGCCGAGGAUCGGGUGCCGUACGAGCAGAUGGCGGCGCGGGACAAGGUGCGCUACGCGGAGGCGAUGAAGGCCUACAAGGAGAAGGGUGGCGGCGGCGCGGGCAAGGGCGAGCCGGCUGAGGCGGAUGAGGAGGGCGAGGUGGAUGAGGACGAGUGAAGGGGAAGCGGGAGAGCUAUCGCUGAGGGUGCUUAGCCGACUGGCUUCAGCAGGCGGGCGCUUUUGGUUUGAAAGCGUGGAGUUGCACUUUUGUAGGCAAGCGGGUGUGUGUGGGGUGAUGGGGGGCCAAGGUCAGUGUAGGUGGGCGAACACCGUGAUGCGGUACAUGGACGACAUGGUUGACAAGCGCCGAGGAGGGUAAGCAUUGCCUCUCUGUAAGGCUGCGCAGGUGCAUUUGAUGAGUAGGUUAUCUGCAGGAGGGAAGCCCAUGUGGGCCACACCACUAGCUGCACGUAUGUGCAGACUACCUGGCCGCAUUUUGGGAGCGGGUCACAAGCGGGCUGUCAUGUGUGAGGCUAAGUACGGAGGCAGGACGGUAGUCCGGCAAUUUGUUGCUGCUGAGCUUUGCCAUCAGGCAAGGUCACCUGCCAGUUGACGCCUGCGCCCUUAGGUGCAUAGCUUGAUCAGGGGAAGCGCAUUACAUGUGUGAGGCUUGCUGUUUCCUGAACGGCAAGCUUAGGCACUAGCGAGGAUUGGGCAGGAAAAUGCUGAACCAACCCUGAACCAACCGUG